GUCAGAAGGAAACCUGGAGCUCGAACUAUAUCGUUGCCUUCUGUGCUGAUCGUAUUCCCAGUAUUCCUUUCUUUGUGUUGCGUCGGGUACCUGCAGAUUGAGUGACCACGCGGUACGAACUUGAUUUGGCUUGAUAGCAUGUACUUCGUCUACGUGCGAUACGUGUUUGAUAAGGUGACGAAAGUUACUACAUCGAACCAUGUCAAAGGCUUCAAGCCGAAAGACUGCAAUGACUUUAAGACUGGCGACGUAUACAGCGUAUACUGGGAGGGGGACAGCCAUACAGCAGGCGCCUACUACGAAGCAGAGAUCCUGCACAUGACAGAGUCGAAGGAGGAGAUGGACAAAUACAGAGAGGAGGCGCGAAGUCGGCAUGUCAGCAAAAGACAUUAUGAACCUUCAGCCGACUCUGCUGCUGACAAGGCCCACAAACCAAAAAAAAAUCGUCUCGUGGCCAAACAAGUGGCUGCAAGCAAGAUUCUCGAAGAGAUGUCGACGGAGAAGACAUCAGAGCUCCACAAUGAAAUAUCGGAGCUUAAAGAAGAAAAUCGAAGGCUUCGUUGUUUUAAUAUGAAGCUGCAAGAGGAGCUGCUGAACUGCCUGUCAGAAGCACGUAUGCAGGCCAGCAAUACCAUGUGCCAUUGUGGGAGGGGGCGAGAAAUGUCGCCACCAGGGACAAGGCGCGACUUCAUCCAGGCACCAAUUACUAGUGACCAUGGUGAAGAAGCUGCUGGGUCUGAGCAAGUUGCUCAGAGCGAACUACCAGUUUCAAGGCAGUUAUUUACAGAGGAGAAUCCUGAAGCAGCAUCCGAGGACAUUUCUAAGUCGACAGAAGCUGAUUCAGCAAGAUUGGAGCUACAACUUGCAGAGACAGUGCAGGACAAGGCCCUGCAACAAAGACCAAGUCCUGCUGUCUGUUCAGUAAUGGACAAUGGCAUGGUGCAUCUAUCAAACAAUGUAAACAUCACAAAGGAUGUUUAUGACAUGUUGAUGGCCAUGCCAAAAGAUUCACUUUUUGUGAAGCGGGCGGCCACUGCGAUUUGGUCAUCCGAAGUGCUGGCAAGGAGAAGUUUUUCUGGAAUGCUGUCCAACAGAUUCCUUUCUGAAGGUGGUGACAAAGCUCCACAGAAACCCCUGACACCACAGAAGGUUGAUGCCUUGAAAGGCAAGUGAUAUUCUUUUCAAUCUUCAGUAUUCCUGUGUUUGCAUAUUCUAAUUUGUUUGAGGCUGCCUGGUGAGCAAAUGUGGAGAGUCAAACAACAAAUCCGUGGACUUGUUAAUAAUGUCACGUUUCUCG